GGAAAGACAAUCGAAGGAGACAAGUCAACCUUUGACUCUUUGGUCAGAAAGGCCGACCAUCCUGUCAUUGUAGAUUUUUAUGCAGAUUGGUGUGGACCUUGUAGAAUUAUCGGACCCGCCUUAUCCAGGGCUGUUGCUGCUAAUCCUCAAGUGACUUUGGUAAAGAUUAAUGUAGACAAUUGUGAGGAUAUUGCCAAAGAAUUCAAGAUUGCUGCAUUACCCACUGUAACUGCUUUUCAUAAUGGCAAAGUAGUCGAUCAGUUCGUUGGCGCA